AUGGACCCAUCUACCUGUGGCUGUGUCGAUUUUGAAAGCCAAGCACUUUCAGAUAUGGAGCCAACCAUUUUCACUGCAUCUGAAAUGGGCCAGGAAGGUCAGGUCACCGUCUCAAGCUAUUCCAGCCAUCUGGUACACGACUUCAAUGAAGAUCUUACCAAGCCGUGUAACAUGUUUUGCAUGGCAUGGGCGAUCCUCCUGGAACGUUUCACUGGACUCGACAGUGUGUGCUUCGGGUUCCGGAGUGAGCACAUGCUUACCACAGAAUCAAAAUGCACAGACGGUGUUACAUCUGCAAUGCAGGUGCAUGUCACUGCCGAUCACAGUCUUGAUGAUAUUCUUGCUGGAAACGGUUUCACCUCUGCGAUGGUACCAGAGACCAAGGCCAAAACACUUUUCAACACCACACUUUCCAUCUGUAACUUGGGCAGCCAGCCUACAUGUGAAAAUGGAGCCUACAAUAUCUACUCAUGGUGCAAGUUACACAUGUCGGUGGACCCUGUCACUAUGAAAACUUUGUUGUCAUGGGAUCCUACUUUCAUGACAAAAGAACAGGCAGAGUCCAUUAGCAACACCUACAACAAGAUAUUUAAGGAAAUUGCUACACAAAAGAAAACCGUCAUCUCCACUCUCAACUGCUGCAGUGAACAAGACGAGUUGAAGAUUUUGACUUGGAACGGCUCUCCGUUGAGCAAUGUACAGAAAUGUAUUCACCAAGCUAUAUCAGAGCAGGGAGCGCUAAGACCAGACGCAGAGGCAGUCUGUGCUUGGGAUGGGAGUUUCUCCUAUUCCCAGCUACUGACUCUGUCAGAUCGUCUCGCUUUUCACUUGCAAGAGUUAGGUGUCGGCGGCGAGAUCUUCGUACCUAUUUGCUUCGACAAAUCCAAAUGGACCGUUGUUGCCAUGUUGGCUAUUCUCAAAGCUGGUGGCAUAUUCGUACCACUUGAUCCAACCCAGCCGUUGAUGCGCUUGCAAAGUCUGACACGCAAGGUAGAUGCGGAGACUAUUUUAUGUUCACCCCAGCACCAAGAAAUUUUGGAGAGCAUUGCAUCUAACGUAAUUUCUGUCGAUGCUCAGUUAUUCGAGAGACUCGUAGAACAGGCAGGAGAAGUCGACUGUGGUCUAUGGAGCUCCGGGGCCUACAUGAUCUUCACCUCUGGAACCACCGGGGAACCCAAGGGUGCCUUGAUACAGCAUGGGGCUUUGCUGUCAAGCGCUCUUGCCCACGGGCCUGCAAUGAUGAUGGACAACAACACACGAUCACUUCACUUUGCCGCAUCGACCUUCGAUGUGAGUAUCACUGAGAUCUUGACUUGCUUGAUCCUGGGUGGUUGUGUCUGUAUACCUAGCGAGGAGGCCCGGCUAAAUGCGAUUGAGGAAGCCAUUACGCAGCUUCGAGUCAACUGGGCACUAUUGACACCGACGUUUGUCAAUUUCAUCAGCCCUGCCAAGGUCCCAUCAUUGAAGACUCUUGUCACUGGCGGAGAAGCCAUGACAGUAGCUGUCAUUCGAUCAUGGUCUCAUAUCAAUCUGAUCAACUGUUAUGGCCCUGCAGAAACAUCUGUUGUCUCACAUGUUCAUCGAGGCAUGAGAGAAGGCAAGAACCCAUUGAACAUUGGUUAUCAGGUUGGUAUCAACUGUUGGGUCGUUGAUCGGUACAAUCACAAUCGCCUUAUGCCAGUCGGAGCUGUCGGAGAGCUCGUUAUUGAAGGUCACACACUUGCUCGGGAAUACUACAAAGAACCCGAGAAGACAAGUGAGGCAUUCAUAGUUGAUCCUGCAUGGACCCUCAGUCAGCCGAACCGCGGCAGCCUGAGAAGAAUGUACAAGACAGGCGACCUUGUCAGAUACAAUUCCGACGGCUCCUUUCACAUCGCUGGACGGAAGGAUGCACAGAUCAAGUUCCAUGGACAGCGAAUUGAGCUUGGUGAGAUCGAGUACCACCUCAAUGUCGGUAUCGGUAUCAAGCAUGGCAUGGUUGUUCUUCCCAAGGCGGGAUUCUGCGAAGGGAGACUACUCGCUAUUGUUCAGCUAAGUGAUGCAUUGGGCAACGAUCUAGUACCAAAUGGUCAGCCUUACAAGUUGAUUGAUGGUUCCCUAGAACAGGUCGCACUUGCCAAGGUUGAAGAGACUAAGCAACUCCUCGCCAAAAGGCUGCCUUCAUACAUGAUUCCUUCCACGUGGCUUGCAGUUGAGUUCAUUCCUCGUCUACAAUCAGGAAAGCUCGACCGCAGGCAGACAGGGAAGUGGGUGGAGGACAUGACCGAGGCCAUCUACCGCAAACUCAACCCUGUUGCCAUCGACGGCGUCUCGAAGAGUUUGACGUUCUCGAAUGAGACGGAAUCACAGUUACACAAUAUUUGGACUCAUGUUCUCAAUCUCAAGACAGAACAACUUGGCCUCAGCCAGUCCUUCCUGAGUGUAGGUGGCGACUCCAUCUCAGCCAUGCAGGUUAUGAGUGAGUGCAAGAAACGCGGCUUAGGAUUGACUGUCUCUCAAAUCAUCAGUUCCAAGUCCAUCAGCGCCCUUGCUAGACAUGUGAAGGAUAUUGAGAAGCCACAACUACUCCAAGAGACUAUCGAAACACCGUUUGAGCUCUCACCUAUCCAAAAGCUCUAUUUCUCAAGACCCAACCAUGACCAGGGCCACUAUAAUCAGAGCUUCCUUCUUCGCAUGAGCCGGCAUAUUGACGAACCCGCUAUGCGCAGAGCUAUUGAGGCUACCGUACAGAGACACUCAAUGCUUCGAGCUAGAUUCAGCCAAGAUUCUUGUGGCACGUGGCAGCAGAGAGUCACAGAUGCCGUUGAGAGCUCCUUUCGUCUGCGAUCCGUUCAAUUGACCUCAAAGGAAGGGCUCUAUCAUACACUCGUCGACAGCCAAACAUGUCUUGACCAUUCCAAUGGCCCACUCCUCGCCGCUGACCUUAUCGAUGAAGAGGGCCAAGAUCAACGUCUGUUCGUUGUCGCUCAUCAUCUGGUCAUAGACCUUGUCUCUUGGAGGAUCAUCCUUCAAGAGUUGGAGGAGCUAUUAUUGCUACCUGAACUGAGUCCUGAUAUGGAUACCCCCUUGCCUUUCCAGGCUUGGUGCAAGAUGCAACAGUAUCAUGCUAGUGCUCAGGCACCAGAGCGAGCACUUCCGAUCCAUGGAAUCCCUGAUGGGGACUCUGCCUACUGGGGAAUGGAGGGUACACCCAACAUUUAUGGUCAGAUGGUCUAUGAAGGAUUCGAAGUUGGACCUGCACAGACAUCUCUAUUACUAUCCAAGUGUCAUGAUGCUUUGCGCACUGAGAUCCCAGACGUUCUCAUGGCAGCCAUGGUCUACUCAUUUGGACAGACAUUCACUGAUCGUCGAAUUCCGGCAAUCUUUGCUGAAGGGCAUGGCCGAGAGCCUUGGGACCCUUCCAUUGACUUGUCCAACGUGGUUGGAUGGUUCACAACUAUUUACCCAGUUUUUGCUGGCUCUAAUGUAUCUUCCACUCUUAUUGAUACCAUCAAAAUGGUCAAGGAUGGUCGACGUAAAAUGCCUGAUAGUGGAAGGCCUUACUUUGCUAGUCGCUGGCUGACACAGGAUGGUGAGAGAGCUUUCUCUCGUCACUGGCCACUGGAGAUCACGUUCAAUUACCUUGGCCAGUAUCAGCAACUGGAGCGUGAGGGUGCUCUGUUUACACCCAUCGGGGAUAUCGCAGGAGAAGUCAGAAGUGCUACCGAUGGCGCUGACGUUGGCUCUUCAACGGCUUGUAUUUCUCUCUUUGAGGUUUCUGCUGUCAUCACGAGGGGAACUCUGAGGUUCUCAUUUUUGUUCAACCGCAAUAUGAAGCACCAAUCCAAGAUUCGGGAGUGGAUUGCUUCGUGCGAACAAAACAUUGGCAUUUUAGUUGAGUCCCUAGCUAUCAUGCCACCGGAGCCAACAUUGAGCGACUUUCCACUUGUGUCCCUGACUUACGACCGCCUUCGCCUGUUGACGAAAGAAAAGCUUCCUGAAGUUGGUAUCGAAGACCUUAACAGGGUUGAGGACAUUUACCCUUGCUCACCAAUGCAAUCAGGACUCUUGGUUAGCACGACAAAGGACAGCGCCGCCUAUGCUGCUUACACACUCCAUCACGUCAAGAGCAGGAGUGGCGGAUCGGUAGAUGUAACGAAGCUUGCCAAUGCCUGGAAGCGUAUGGUAGACUAUCAUCCUAUGUUGAGGACCGUCUUCGUGGAGAGUGUGACUCUUGACGAUUCUUUAUUUGACCAGGUGGUUCUGAGAGAAGUUCAAGUCCCUCUCGUUAUGUCCGAGUUUGAGACAGACGAUGAUGCGAUCAGUGCUCUGGACAUGCCACGACACCACAAGGAUUAUUCUCAAUUACUACAUGUGUUUGAGAUUUGCAAGUCCAAGACGGGCAAAGUCUUUUGCAAGUUAGACAUUAGUCAUGUCAUCGUGGAUGGGACUUCUCUAUCUAUUCUCUUUCGCGACCUGUCACUGGCUUACUCUGGCAUACUUGGGUCUGACAAAGGUCCUCCCUACAGUGAAUACAUCAGAAGCUUCCAAUACCAGGAUCUCCAGCAUGGAAUAGAGUACUGGAAGUCAUAUCUGAUGGAUAUAGAACCUUGUCAUUUCCCGGUUCUUGAUGAUGGCGAAGUUGUCGAGUCAAGGGAGAUGAGUUACUUCAGAGUUCAGUUCGACGAGUUAGCUCAGCUACAGAGCUUGUGUGACGACCGGGGAGUUACCAUCGUGAACGCCAUCUAUGCUGCUUGGGCGUUGGUACUGCGUCUGUACACUGCGUCAGAGGAAGUUUGUUUCGGCUAUCUUACAUCCGCCCGCGACGCGCCAAUUCAGGGCAUCGAGGAUGUUGUUGGGCCUGUCAUCAACAUGGUUACAUGCCGCUGCAACAUCUCCAAUUCGGCAACUCUAGGUGAUGUGAUGGCGGUUGUGCAGAAGGACUUCCUAAGCAGUCUGGAGUAUCGCCAUGUUCCACUUGCACAAGUUCAACACGCCCUGAAACUAUCAGAUACUGCUCUUUUCAACACAGCGUUAUCAUACAGGAAGCUUCCACCCGUACCACAGAACCCCCCAGAUGUUGUGUUUGAGGAAGUUCGCCCGACUUAUGAUCCUGAUGAGUACGAUGUGUCUGUCAACAUCGAGGCUGGUGAGAAUAACAUGGCUAUUGACUUGAUGUACUGGUCGGAUACAAUGUCAAACGGACAAGCUAGAAAUGUCGCGAGUGCCUUUACCACUGCGCUCAGUAAUAUCCUCCACUAUAGCGACCAACCGAUAACCCAGCUUAACCAUCUUGGUCCUCAACACCAUCAGCAAAUCUCUCAGUGGAAUCAUGUUAUGCCCGAGGCUUCCGAAAGCUGCGUGCAUGAACUGUUCAAAGAGCAGAUGAUUCUUCGCCCUGAGGCUCCUGCAAUUGCUUCGUGGGAUGCCGACUUUACCUAUGCAGAGCUUGAUGCUGCCUCUACCAAGCUCGCUCAUCAUAUCGCUGACCUGGGUGUUGACUCAGAGAAAUGUGUACUGGUCUGUUUUGACAAAUCGGCUUUUACAGUUGUCGCUAUGUUGGCCGUUCUGAAGGCAGGCGGUGUAUGUGUUCCUCUAGAUCCAGCCCACCCAGACGCCGCGAUCAGACUCCGUGCUGAGGAUACAAGUGCUUCCAUUGCCAUUGUGUCCUCUUCAAUGGCGUCUCGACUCAGCGGUAUAGUCGAAAAGACCGUCGUCGUGGACUCACACCUUCUCCAAACCAUCUCAACGACAGCAGAUCUUCCCCAGACCUACCCCCACAACGCAUGCUUUGUCAUUUACACAUCUGGAAGUACUGGCCGACCUAAAGGCGUUGUUUUGGAGCACAGAGGAAUUGCUACUAAUGCAAAGUACUCUGGACCGAAGCUUGGCUACAGCAAGGAAUCGAGGGUGCUUCAAUUCGCCUCUUAUACCUUUGACAACAGUCUUUCUGAGAUAUUUACUACACUUGCUCUUGGAGGUUGCGUAUGCGUGCCUUCUGAACACGAGAGGUUCUAUGACCUGGCUGGUGCCAUCAACCGCUACAAGGUGACACUGGCUGACAUCACUCCCACGGUUGCCUGCUUGAUCAACCCGUUGGACGUUCCAACUUUAAAGACUUUGGCUCUGGGCGGCGAGGCUGUGACCCAGAAGUGUGUUGAGAUCUGGCGCGACUUCGUGUCUCUACAGUGUUGUUAUGGGCCAUCCGAGUGCUCUGUCAACUCUACCUACUCUGGUGAAAUUGCUCAACCGGGUAAGGCUACCAAUAUUGGUCGUGCUGUCGGUAGUGUCACUUGGGUAGUCGACACUACUGAUCACAAUAGUCUGGUACCGAUUGGCUGCAUCGGGGAGCUCCUCGUUGAUGGUCCCAUUGUCUCUCGUGGUUACCUCAAUCUGCCCGAGAAGAUGGCACAGUCUUUUGUGGCACCAUCUUCCACCGUUGAAAACAUCUGUCGCGAUGGCAACAUGAGUCGCAAGCUUUACAAGACUGGUGAUCUAGUGCGCUAUGACUCUGAUGGCACUCUUACAUAUCUUGGGCGCAAGGAUACUCAGGUGAAACUUCAUGGUCAGCGUAUCGAGCUGGAAGAGAUUGAGCAUCACUUAGAGAAAAGCCUCCCCCAGUAUUGGACGUCUGCCGUCGAGCUCAUCCAAUUCGAAGGCAAAAAAUCUCUUGCCAGUUUUAUAUGCGCUGAAUCAGGUGGCAUUCUCUAUGACGGGACAGAAGAAAGUAGUUUAAUGGCCAUGAACGAUGCUUUCAGAUCACUGGCCAAAGAACUGGAAAUUUGUCUCUCAAACAAUAUUCCUGCCUACAUGAUCCCUUCUGUCUGGUUUCCAGUUUCGCAGAUGCCCUUGACCUCAUCAGGAAAGUUGGACCGCCGACGCCUUCGAUCCCUAGUCCAAUCAGUGCCUGUAGCACACAUUACCUCCUACAAGUUGGCAUUGAAGAGCGGAAGAGCCCCGUCGAGUAACAUGGAAAAGCAAUUGGCUGGUAUGUGGGCACAUGUGCUAAACGUGGAUGUGAACACCAUUGGGGUCGAGGAUCACUUCUUCAGGCUUGGGGGAGACUCUAUCGCCGCGAUGCAACUAGUAACGCUUGCAAGAAAGUCAAACAUCAAUCUCACUGUCACUGGUGUCUUCCAGAAAGUGUCUCUGCAAGACAUGGCUCAAUCGGCGCUCCCAUUAUCCAGAGUUGCAGUCACUGCCGUCGAGCCGUUUUCCCUAUUAUCAAACGCGGUCCCAAUGGAUACAUUGAAAGAGGAGAUCGGAGCCGCGGCUCGAGUCCAUGUUGGGGAUGUGCAAGACAUGUACCCUUGCAGUCCCAUACAAGAGGGUCUCAUGGCUCUGUCAGCCAAGGACUCUGGAGCAUACGUCGCCCAGUUUGUCUUCCAAAUGGCGAAUGGUACAGAUAUCGACAGUUUCAAGAUGGCGUGGCGGCUCGUGAUAGAAGCUGAGGGGAGUCUACGGACCAGACUCGUGCAGACGACCGACGGCGGUAUCUUGAAUGUGGUCUUGAAAGAGGAUGUUCCUCAAUGGACCACCUUUGGCAACCUCUCGGAAGUCCAAGCUGUUCGAUCCCAGCUUCCGUUGUAUAACGGUGGAAAGCUGACUGACUACGCAAUCGUCGAAGAUGGUUCUGAAGUCUUAUUUGUAUGGACUAUUCAUCAUGCGCUCUACGACGGCUGGUGUCUGCCUCUUAUCUUGGAUAAGGUCAAGCAAUGCUAUGAGAACAUCCAACUACCCGCACCAGAACCCAUAGUCAGCGGCCCCAAUUACUCCAGGUUCAUUCGGUAUCUUACCGAGAUCGACUUUAGCCAAGAUGUCAAGUUCUGGGAGUCUUAUCUCGCUGAUAUCGCUACGCAACACUUUCCCCGCCUUCCCAACCCCGACCACAAGCCAAAUGCGAGUGGCCUCAUUAUUCACAAGGCUAGUUUCGGUCAUGAAGGUGAUGGUAUGAAGUCUUCUGGAUUGGGAUUGACCACAGCCACAAUGAUCCGGUCGGCUUGGGCAUUGGCAGUGUCGACCUAUGCGGCAUCAGACGAUGUCAUCUUUUGGGAAACCAUGACAGGUCGCGAUGCGCCUGUCGACGGCAUUGAGGAGAUGAUCGGCGCCACGCUGACUACUGUUCCAACACGGAUAGUACUGGAUCGCUCACAAAAGGUCUCUGACCUUCUCAGCUCCGUCCAGGCCCAAUCUGCAGUGGUCAGAAUGCACCAAUUCACUGGCAUUCAUCGCAUCAAACGUAUCAACAAUGAUACUGCCUUUGCUUGUGGCGCACAGAACCUUUUAGCAAUCAACUACGGGCCACGGAAGUCAACAGACACAUUUUGGUGUGACCAGACGAACGAGAUGGCUGGGACCAACUUUUACUCUUACCCGCUUAUGCUGUCUUGUCACGUCACUGAUGGCGAGCUUGAGACUGUUGUUCACUUUGAUCCCGAAGUUAUUUGCGAGUCACAAAUGUAUCGCAUCAUGGAUCAGUUCGCGCUGAUGUUGACGACGGUAACGUCCAGAGAGCUGAUGGAUGAGAAACUCAAUGACCUGGAACUCAUCAGCACCCGGGAUUACCAGUCGCUUUCCGAGAUGACCGGUCAAAUGAUACCUUCAUGCGAAAUGCUUGUACACGAUGUUAUCAGAGCGACGGGAAUACGCCAAUCGCAAGACAAGGUGGCAGUCUGCGCGUCGGAUCAGAACCUCACCUACUCGGAUCUGGAUUCUCAAUCCACACAUCUCUCAUCUGUCUUGAUUGAAGCUGGCAUUCGCCCCAACACAUUCGUUCCUUUCUGCAUGGAGAAGUCGUCUAUGGUCGUUGUAUCAAUUCUCGCCAUCUUGAAGUCUGGUGCUGCAUUCGUACCCUUGGACUAUGCUCAUCCUGAUGCCCGUAUCAGCGGUAUCCUUACCGAUGUCGCGGCUACUAUUGUCCUAGCAUCCCCCCAGUAUGCCGAACGCUUGACCGGGCUAGGUCAGAAGGUCAUCUCUGUCUCCAACACCAUGAUGAAAGACUCGGUCCCACCAGUUGGACAUGACUUGUCCGUGUCUCCCAAGUCUCCAGCCUAUUGUAUUUUUACAUCUGGUACGACUGGACGACCCAAGGGGACAAUCAUCAGCCACUCUGCCUUUUGUACUGGAGCUAUGGCGCAUGGAAAGGCUAUGGGGAUGGCGGAAUCAUCUCGAGUGUUACAAUUCGCUGCGCAUACCUUCGAUGCCAGCAUCAUGGAAACUCUUAGCACUCUGAUUCACGGCGGAACUGUUUGUGUGCCUUCUGAGGAGGAACGCAGUAACGAUAUCGUGGGAGUAAUUCGACGCAUGCACGUCAAUUGGGCUCUAUUGACUCCCUCCGUAGCUCAGCUGAUUGAGCCAUCCACUGUCCCCGAGCUCAAGACGCUGGUGCUUGGAGGCGAGGCCAUGUCUCGUGUCCAUGUGUCAACUUGGGCACCACCAGUCCGAUUGAUGAACGCCUAUGGACCCAGUGAGACUUCGGUUGUUGCAACAGUCAACUCAAGGGUCGGGGAAAACUCUAGCCCGUCCAAUAUUGGUCGCGCCGUGGGAGGUCUCUGUUGGGUCAUCGACUCUACCAACCACGACAGACUUGUACCUGUUGGUGUCGUUGGAGAGCUUUUGGUGGAAGGUCCAAUUCUAUCUCAAGGGUAUCUCAAGAACCCACAGAAGAAUGCAGAGUCUUUUAUCACCAACCCGCGAUGGUGUAGCAAGUUUCCCAUUGAGACUGCAAGCAACGAACGCAGAUUCUACAGAACCGGCGAUCUUGUCAAAAUCACCGAAGAUGGGUCUUUCGAGUUUCAAGGGAGAAAGGACAACCAAGUCAAGAUUAACGGCCAACGACUUGAGUUGUCAGAGAUUGAGCAUCAUCUGAGCGCAGACACAGUUAUUCAAUCCUGUCUGGCAUUUAUCCCAAAGACGGCUGAUGAGAUGCAAAUGGUGAUUGACUUUGCGCCUUCUGAAUUGACAAGCGUACGUGACAAUCUCACAGGACAUUUGGCCGCUUACAUGAUCCCAUCUACGUGGAUCGUAGUCAGUCACAUUCCUCUCUUACCAUCUGGUAAGCUGGAUCGGAGAAAGGCUAUUGAUUGGGUUGAGACAAUGUCCCCUGAACAAUACCAGAUGGCUCUCUGUGCACAAGAAGAGACCCAAGCAUCUGGUCUAGACCGAGAAGCUACAAACAUUGAGACUAAGCUUAGGGCUGCCUGGGCUAAGGUCUUGGGCAUCGAGAUCGACAGCGUGCCAUUUGCGCGAUCUUUCAUUCAAUUGGGAGGAGACUCAAUCUCGGCGAUGCAACUGGUUGCGAUCUGCAGGUCUUCCAAUAUGUCUCUUUCAGUCAGCCAAAUUAUGCAAAGCAAGUCCAUCGUCGAGCUCGCAUCGUUUGUUCAGGCUGUAGAGGAUGUGAAACAGGAAGAUGAAGAAGAGAACAAGUUGUUCCCUCUAUCGCCUAUUCAGAAGCUUUACUUUGAGCACAUGUGCUCUGAGUCUACUCACUUCAACCAGAGCAUGAUUCUGGAGACGACGCGGAAAGUCACACCUCAUGAUUUGUCGAAUGCCUUGGAAACCAUCGUUAAAACCCAUAGCAUAUUACGUGCUCGUUUCGUCAAUAUUGAUGAGGUCUAUUCUCAGCGUAUAACUACUGACAUUGACGGUUCGUUUGUUUUCGAAUCGCAUGUUGGUGUAGAUCAAUGCCGCGCUCAUGAGUUGAUUGAAAAGACUCAAACAUCUUUGGACAUCUUCAAGGGGCCAUUACUCGCAGCGGUUGACAUGGAGAUGGAGGACACCGACAAGCAAAUCGUCUUUUUAGCUGCCCACCACCUUGUUGUCGAUGUCGUCUCCUGGAACAUUCUUUUGCAAGAUCUAGAAGGGCUGUUAUCAUCAACAGUGUCCAAUUUGACAAAACCACUUUCGUUCCAGACAUGGAACUUGUUACAACUCCAAGAAACUUGCAACGAAACACUGGAUCGCAUUUUCCACGAUGUUCCAGUGCCUGCUCAAGAUCUCACCUACUGGGAAAUGCAAGAUGUACCCAACCUCCAUGGCGACACAAUCACAGAGACAACAGAAUUCGCGUCUGAUGUGUCGCUUCAACUGCUGGGCCCUUGGAAUGAAGCAUUCAACACGGAUGUUGUUGACGUCUUACUCGGCUCCUUACUAUUGUCGUUUUAUGAAUCAUUUCCGGACCGGCUUUCAAUGCCUACAAUAUUCAACGAGGGCCACGGUAGAGAGCCAACAGACAACAAGAUAGAUCUGUCGCGCACAAUAGGGUGGUUCACAACCCUUUGUCCUGUCUAUUUACCCGAGUCCUUACCCGCAGAGCCAGAUAUUCUUGAUGCCAUUUGUUGGAUCAGAGACUUUAGACGGCGAAUGCCUGGCAAGGGGCGCCCUUAUUUUGCCUAUCAGAUGCUGUCUGAGGCAAGCCACACCCAUUAUCCAGAAUGGCCUGUGGAAUUGGCCUUCAACUUUCUCGGUCAAAGGCAGAAGACUGAGUUGGAAGAGUCAGUAUUCAGGUCACCUGGCGGCAUAUUUGAGUCAACAGCUUCGCAGACCGAUAUUGGGGUCGAUGUGCCACGACUCGCACUUAUUGAGAUAUCUGCUUCGUUUUGCAGAGAUGUCUUGAGCUUCAGCUUCUCUUACAACAGACAAAUGAAGCAUCAGCAUUGCAUUCUAGAGUGGAUCAAGAAUUUCUCGGAUUCUCUCCAGACUGCUGUCAAACGAAUGUCUCAGGCCAAGCCUGAACCACAGGAUCCUGACAUCUCCCUCCUUCCCCUUGCAUUCAGAGGUGCCUCUAAGGUCGACGCAAGACUUGCCGAAACGGGUAUCUCGUUUUGGAACGAUGUCGAAGCUGUCUAUCCUUGCUCUCCAGUUCAAAUGGGUAUUCUUUUUGCCCAGAUCAGGAACCCCAAGUUCUAUUCGUAUUCUGUCACAUUUGGAAUUGACUGUGUCGAGCCAAGUCAUAAUGUGGACGUGCAUCGCCUUGAGGAUGCGUGGCAGCGAGUUGUUCAGCGUCAUUCAACGCUCCGGACUAUUUUUGUUGACUCUCUGUUGGAGGAGGGCGGCAUCUAUCAAGUAGUUCUGCGCAAUUAUUGCACUGAAGUUUCCGUCUUCGAAUGUGCCGACGACGAAAGACUUCAAAUGAUGGGUGACCGUCUUUCACCACAAAUCAUGAGUAGUAGGCCGCCUCACCAUCUCAGCAUCUUCAAGAGCACAGAAAGAAAGGUUACCUGUCUUUUGGAGAUGAGUCACGCCUUAUGUGAUGGGACGUCUAUGCCAAUUCUGUUCCGCGACCUGGCAAUGGCUUACGAAGGAUCUCUCGACUUGACAAUUGUUUCGACCUACAGAGAUUACGUCUCUCAUUUACAAGUCCAGAGUCCCCAUGACAUCGAAUACUGGCGUGAGUACUUGAGCGAUGUCGAACCAUGCCACUUGUCGCCAGUGUCGAGAUCUACACUCCCCAAGGUUUUGAGAUAUCUGGAUCAGACCAUCUCACAUGCAGACGAUCUACAGACAUUCUGUACUGGUGCAGGCGUCACAUUAUCCAACGUUCUCCAGCUCACCUGGGCGUUGGUUCUGCAAGCCUAUACAGGUCAUGACGAUGUCUGCUUCGGAUAUCUUGUUGCAGACAGAGAUGUCCCUGUUCCAAAUAUCGAUAAGGCGAUUGGAGUUUUCAUCAACAUGUUGGUUCUUCGAGUGCGCCUUGAUGCGUCUCUAACAGUUGGAGACGCCCUUAGCACGGUUAAACGAGACCUCAGCGCCGCGAUGGCGCACAGGAACGUCUCACUCGCCGACAUACAGCGCUUGAUAGAUUUACCCAACGAAGCACUUUUUAAUACUGCAUACUCCUUCCAACGAAGGUCCAUCGACAAGUCCAUGAAGACAGAAUCUGUCUCAUUUGACGUCAAGGACGCGCAGGAUCCCAAUGAGUACGACCUGACUGUCAACGUCGAAGUCUGGGAACAAACUGUAGAACUCCAACUGUGUUACUGGGCAGACAAGAUAUCUGAUUCACAAGCCAGGAGCCUUGCCUCCACCUUUGACAAAAUCUUGACUUCAAUCAUCACAUGCGACUUAUCACUUCCUACAGAUCAGCUCGAUGUUCUCAGCGAUGAGUGCGCGCAACAAUUGAUGGCUUGGAACCACACUGAACCAGUGCUAUUGAACCAAUGCGUCCAUCAUGUAUUUGAGCGGAAUGUUCAGCGCCUUCCUCAUGAUACAGUGGCGAUUGAAGCCUGGGAUGCAAGCUUCACUUACAGUGAGGUUGACGUGGUAUCUUCACGACUCGCCCAUCAUUUAGUAUCGCUUGGAAUCGUGCCAGAGAUGUAUGUGCCUCUCUGUUUCGAAAAGUCCGCAUGGACGCCGAUCGCUAUGCUCGCAGUCCUCAAAGCUGGAGCUGCUUUUGUCCCAAUUGAUCCUAGUCACCCGCCUGAGCGCACAGAGUUCCUCGUCCGAAACACCAAUGCUAAGCUCAUCCUUUGCUCAACGUCCUUGGUGCAAAAGUUUGACAUGAACAUACCUGUCCUUCCCAUCAAUUUCGAGACUAGGUUUGCACUAUCGUCUUGGCCAGGAACUCCACCAUCUGUCACAGUUCAACCUCACAACGCGGCGUACAUCAUAUUCACUUCGGGGACGACCGGUGUGCCCAAGGGCACCAUUAUUGAGCAUGGGGCCUUUAUAACUGGAGGAAUUGCCCAUGCGGCAGCUAUCAAGAUGACGUCCGACUCUCGCGUCCUCCAAUUCGCCUCCCACACAUUUGAUGCCAGCAUUAUGGAGAUUUUGACCACUUUUCUGGUAGGCGGAUGCGUGUGCAUUCCCUCAGAGGAGGAGCGUAUGAAUGACCUAACGGGUGUCAUCUCAAAAUAUGAUGUCAACUGGACCUUACUUACACCAUCUGUGGCAAAGGUGCUUAAGCCAGGUAGCGUUCCAGGCCUCAAAACCCUUGUUACUGGCGGUGAAGCAAUGACAACAGAUCACAUUACCAAGUGGUCAAGACAUGCUGCGCUCAUCAAUGCCUAUGGACCAAGUGAGGCUUCGGUCAUAGCUGCAUCUCACACCAAGGUUGAUCAACAUGGGGAAGUGCUGAACGAAGAACCUGCCAAUGUUGGUCACGCUGUCGGCUGCCGAGUCUGGGUAGUCGAUUCUCACAACCACAACCGCCUCAUGCCUAUUGGGAGCAUCGGGGAACUCCUUAUAGAAGGCCCCAUUGUGGCACGGGGCUACCUGGACAACGAAGCCACGACAAGAGAUGCUUUCAUCGACUAUCCGCCAUGGCGUGUAAACAUGAAGCUCUGCGGCGACCGUAUGGACCGGAUGUACAAGACUGGUGAUUUGGUUACUUAUAACUGGGACGGAUCAUUGAACUAUUUCUCACGCAAGGACACACAGAUCAAGCUCAACGGACAGCGCAUUGAGCUUGGCGAGAUCGAACACCAUGUCAGGGCUAACUUGCCAACAAACGUUCAAUCCGCUGUGGAAUUGGUUAGUCCUCAGGGCAAGACAUCGACUAAGAUACUGGCCGCGUUCUUCACUAUUGAUGAGCAUGUCAACGAGGAUGCUGAGACCAAAGCGAACGACUCUCUACUUCCCAUGUCGAGCACCUACAUUGAGAUUGGCCAAUCACUCAAGACGUCAAUCAAGGCUGCGCUCCCAUCACACAUGGUACCAGCUAUGUAUGUCCCAGUGACGAGGAUGCCUUGGACCUCAGCUGGAAAACUGGACCGACAGAAACUGAAAGCCAUCGCUCAGUCUAUACUGCCUCAGGAUAUUGGACAAUACAAGCUGGUUGGUGCCAGCAACAGCCGAGCUCCGACUACCGCGACACAGCGCAAGUUACAGAAGAUAUGGGCGAAUAUUCUGAACAUCCCGGCCAGCACCAUAAGUACUGAUGACAGCUUCUUUAGACUUGGUGGCGAUUCUAUCAGCGCUAUGAAGGUUGUCUCUGCCGCUAGGAUGGAGGAUAUCUCCCUAACCGUCAUGGAUGUACUCAAGAGCUCCACAUUGUCAGAGAUGGCCACUUGUUGUAGUCAUUCUAAGCACACUGACAUUGGGGAUAUUGAGCCUUUCUCACUGCUCCAUGAUGUCGAAUCUCCCGCUUUGCUUCUUGAUGAGAUUGCCGAGUGUUGCGCUAUUCACACAAGCCAGAUACAAGACCUGUACCCCUGUAGUGCCCUCCAAGAAGGCCUCGUGGCAGCCUCAAUGCAGCAGCCCGGCGCCUACGUUGCCAAAUACAUCUUCAAGAUACCACCAAAUAUCGGCGUGGAGAGUCUACAAUUGGCAUGGCAGAGGACUUCGGAUCAAGUCGACAUUUUGAGAUCACGCAUCGUGAGCUCCCGAUCCCUCAAGAGUUACCAAGUUAUACUGGAACCCCAUGCGAUUGAAUGGGAACACUAUACCAGCCUCGAAGCUGUCACUAGCCAGACUAUGUCACUACCUGAACGAAACGGAGGACGGUUGGCCAGGUAUGCGAUCGUCGACCCUUCCGAUUCUAGUCUUCGAUACUUUGUAUGGACAGUACACCACGCUCUUUACGAUGCUUGGAGUAUGCCAUCUUUACUCAAUCUUGUUUCCCAAUUCUACCAAGGAGCAAGUACGGAACAGCCCAUACCAGUUGUUCCCUACGCCAACUUCGCCAGAUACUUGAUUGGCACUGAUCCAAAAGCUUCUGAUGAGUUCUGGAGGGCACAAUUCCAACAUGCAUCUACCAUAUCUCACUUUCCGACCGUAACUCCAUCGGACAUUGAGUCCUCUAAUUCUUCACUUCAAUACACAAUGCCAUGCAGAAAGAAUGAUAUUGGUGCUGGUAUUACUAUCCCAACCAUUAUCCGUGGAGCUUGGGCGCUACUUCUGGGAGUUCAUACCGGGUCUGAUGAUAUCGCCUUCGGUGAGACAUUGUCUGGUCGUGAUAUUGCUUUGGAUAAUAUUGAAGAUAUCCUCGGCCCAACUCUUACGACUGUGCCUCGGAGAGUCCAGAUUGACCGUGAAACCACAGUUGGACACUUCCUGAACACCAUUCAGGAGACCUCAAUCGAAGUCAUUCCUUAUCAACAUACCGGUCUUCAACACAUCAAACGUCUCGGGGGAUCAAUUGCGGUUGCCUGUGACUUCAGGAACCUGCUUGUCAUCCAGUCCAGCGAUGAAGUCACAGACCAACAGAACCUUCUACAGCCGCUUGAUGAACAAGUCAACCAAAAGGACUUCUUCACUUAUCCACUGGUUGUUGAGUGCUCAAUUGAACUUGACAAUUUGGUGCUGACCAUUCACCACAAUGAGACUGUCAUGACAGGUUGGAGGGCAGAGCGUCUCGCUCACCAAUUUGACGCGCUUGUCAAACAGCUCAGCCAUCUAUCCCAAGAACCUAAUCGCAGGUUGGCGGAGCUUCAGUUCUACAACGAAGAGGAUCUCCAGAUGAUCAAGAGCUGGAAUGAGGGUACUCGAGAUGUUGUGCGUGAUAGUAUCUCCAGCCUAUUCUGGCAGUCUGUAGCCACGCGCCAUGAUGCUACCGCUAUACGGGCUUGGGAUGGUCAUCUCACUUACGGUUCCUUAGCACAGCACGCUGGUCAUCUCGCUAAGCGCCUUGUACAAGAGGGAGUCAGGACUGAGACCAUGGUACCCUGCUGCAUGGAUAAGUCUCUCUGGACUACCGUGGCGAUAGUUGCUGUAAUUCUCGCUGGUGGUACCAUUGUACCAUUGGAUCCAGCUCAUCCUCGCGCUCGGCAUGCAGAGAUCGCUCGUGAAUGCAAUGCCAGCAUCGCUCUAUGUUCACCUGACUAUCAAGAACGAUUUAUCAAUGUUGCUAAUACUGUUAUCACGGUCAACGAAGAGCUCUUUCAUAAAGAGCUAUGCCAAGAGCAUGUCAUGUCGCAAGAUCUACCAACUGUGUCAUACAAGGAUGCAGCCUUCGUCAUAUACACUUCCGGCAGUACUGGUAGGGCCAAAGGUGUUGUCAUUGAGCAUGGGACAUUCUUGGCGAGCUCCAGAGCAUACACAGAAUGCAUGAAUCUCGUAUCUACUUCGAACGUCUUCCACUUUGCAUCAUACGCUUUCGACAUCGCUUUGGGAGAAACGUUCAGCACCCUCAUUAUGGGUGCUUGUCUCUGUGUUCCCAGUGAAGAGAUGAGGGUCACCGAUUUGCCGGGUGCCAUGAAUACUCUCGGGGCUACGUGGGCAUUUUUAACCCCCUCGGUGGCCAACAUGCAGGAUCCAUCAUUGUUCGAGACACUCCAAACACUCGUCUGUGGAGGUGAAGCCAUGUCAUCAGAAACCGUUAGCAAGUGGUCGCACAAGGUCAAGUUGAUCAAUGGCUAUGGACCUGCUGAGUGUACAGUGUUUGCUGUUGCCAAUUCAAGUAUUUCUGAAGAGCAAGAUCUCUCCAGCAUCGGCCGUGCCACGAACGGUUGUCACACUUGGAUCGUUGACGCCAAAAACCACAAUCAGCUUGUUCCUGUGGGCUGUGAAGGUGAACUACUAAUUAGUGGUCCCAUCCUAUCUCGAGGAUACCUCAAUGACAAGACAAAGACAUCACAACUAUUCAUUGAAGACCCGACAUGGAUGCAUCACUUUGUCAACCAGAAGAACCAACAGCCAGUUCGCCUGUACAAGACGGGUGACUUGGUCAGGUAUCGUCCAGAUGGGACUUUGACCUUCAUUGGACGAAAGGAUAAUCAGGUGAAGCUUCACGGUCAGCGCAUGGAACUUGGCGAGAUUGAGACUUGUCUUGAGUCUGACUCGCGGCUCCGCAAUGCUUUGGUAGCGCUACCAAAGUCUGGAAUCUUCAAAGGCAGAUUGGUGGCUGUUCUCUCCUUCAAGAACCCCGAGUCUCACAACCCAGGACUUGUUUCCUCGCAAUUCAGUCCAAUUUCUGAGUCUGACAUGGAGGCAGCCCGUGUAAAGAUACCUGACUUGCAGCACGUUCUUUCCGAGACUCUACCACCUUACAUGAUGCCUUCAUCAUGGCUCGUGGUUGAUGCUAUUCCUUUGUUGCUAUCAGGGAAGCUCGACAGGGCCAGUACUCAGACAUGGCUCGCCGGAAUGGAUAUAGAAAUGCCUGAGUUUCUUCUGAGCCAACCCAUCAGCCAGACUAUUGUCGAUUAUGACACAACAUUGGUUGGAAGACUUCUAAGACGCAUCUGGGCUUCAGUUCUCCGCAUGCCGGACGAGGCAACACUAUCUAGUCGCCCCUUCAUCUCUCUUGGCGGAGACUCCAUCAUGGCCAUGCAAGUCAUGUCGCGUUGUCGCGAACACUCUAUUCAAUUGACCAUGCGAGAUAUCAUGAGUGGUAAAUCCAUUGCUGACUUGGUUACCCUGAUCGAGAAGGAAGGUCGCAUGGGACAGAAUAGCACCCUCGAAUAUGAAGAUGACAACAGUGAACCAUUUGCGUUGUCACCGAUCCAACAACUAUUCUUCAACAACAGUUCCAACAAGGACCGUGGAGACCGGUUAAAUCAAAGCCAGCUCUUUUCGGUCAAAGAGUCCAUUGAUGCUUGUACUUUCGCCAAUGCCAUUCAUUCAUUAGUGCAGAGACACCCGAUGCUUCGUGCGCGAUUCAACAAGUCUGCAGAUAUUGGUCAGUGGUCUCAACACAUUGCCCCAGAUACCGAAGAUUCCUACGGUUUUCAUUUCCACGAGGUCAGUAAUGCCUCCCAAAUCGCCCGAUGCAUCGCAACCAGUCAAGAGAGUAUCGAUAUCUCUGGCCCAGUAUUUAUUGUCGACCUGUUCAGAAUGCCCGACGGCUUUCACCAUGUCUCCAUGAUCGCUCAUCAUCUUGUUGUUGACGUCGUAUCCUGGAUCAACAUUGUUCAAGACCUCGAGACAUUCCUUUCAUCUUCUCGUUCAAUGUCACCAAAGCCUCUAUCAUUCCGAAGUUGGAACGCAGCACAGAUUGAGCAUGCCACAUCAAUGGAGAAGGAAAGCGGGAGUCUUCUACCAUUCCCUCUACGACCUACGAAUCUAGACUUCUGGGGUGUUUCAAACAUCUCCAACAGCUAUUCACAGGCCACUCAGCAAUCAUUUACUCUUUCAGACGCCGAAACUGUCUCUCUGCUACUGGAAGACGCUCAUCGGAAACUGCGAACUGAACCUCUGGAUCUUUUCAUCUCGGCGCUGUUCAUAUCAUUUGAACAGUGCUUCCCAGACCGUGAGCUUCCUACACUGUUCAAUGAAAGCCAUGGCCGUGAACCAUGGGAUGACUCGAUUGAUCUUUCUCAAACUGUCGGAUGGUUCACCUCGCUUUGUCCUAUUGAUGUAUCACAUUACAACGUCGACCCUAACGACACCCUUGACUAUGUGCGUAAAGUCAAAGACUUGAGACGUGCCAUACCCAACAACGGCCGCCCUUACUUCGCUCAACGCUACCUAAACAAUUCCACGAAGCUCUGCCCUGACAGUCAUGGGACAAUGGAGAUCCUAUUAAACUUCCUAGGCAGGUCGCAACAAACGGAUGGAGAAGAAUCUCUUCUAAGCCCGUUCAAUCUCUCCAUGAGCGAGGGAGAAAUGGCAUCUAUGUCAGAUGUUGGUCCCGAAACACGUCGCCUGGCUCUAUUUGAGCUCUCCAUUUCUGUUCUGAAAGACGGAAUCCAUUUUAACUUCAUGUACAAUAAGAACAUGUUACAUCAAGACCUUAUCAGGCAGUGGGUAACCACCUGCAAGCAGGUUCUCAGCAACAUGGCAACGGAACUCAGCGCCGCUCCAAUUUGUCCCACUAUCAGCGACUUUCCACUCAUGUCGUUGGACUACACCAAACUUGACAGGCUGGUAACCAAGUCGCUAUCUACUGCUCAUAUGGGUAUACUUCUCAGUCAACUUCUAGACCCCUCUCAAUACUUGUUCCACACCAUCCUUGAAGUGUCGGCCUCUAACGGCCCAGCUAUCAAUUCUGCCAAGCUUGCUCAGGCCUGCUCGGAAGUUAUUGAGCGUCAUACCGCACUUCGAACUGUCUUCAUCGAGAGUGUUCGCAGUGGCGGCUCCUUUGAUCAGGUCGUUAUACGUCCUAGCAAGCCUCGAAUCAACAUCGUCAAAUGUCGAGAGAUUGACGUUAUGGCAAAACUUAAAGCCAGGUCACUUGCAAAGACUAACAAGAGACAUGGGGCGCCCAUUCUUCCCUAUCAGAUCACGAUAUGCGAAACGACGCACGGCAAAGUUUUCGUCAAGCUUGAGAUGAACCAUGCUGUAACGGACGGUGCGUCCACAGCAAUCAUCCUUCGCGACAUUUCUAGCGCAUACGCCGAUAGUCUCCAGCCUACCAAGCCUUCAUCAUACAAGGACUAUAUCAGUUACAUCUCGAAACAACCGGCUGACUCGAGUUUGAUGUACUGGAAGAGCUAUCUCUCCGGCGCCAGAUACACCGAGUUUCCAUCUAUGAACUCCGACCAUAUGGCAAAUCGGAGUCUAGGGUCCGUUGUCGUCGAGUUUGAUAGAUUCUCGGAACUUCACUCACUUGGAUCGGCUACCGGUGUGACAAUCUCAAACAUGAUCAUGGUGGCGUGGGCACUCGUCCUUCGUAAAUACACCGGUUCCCAAGAUGUUUGCUUUGGGUAUCUGGCUUCUGGUCGCGACGCUGAUAUCGAUGGUGUUGAUGAGAUCGUCGGGCCGUUAAUCAACAUGCUUGUCUUCCGCUUCCAAUUCACCCAUGGAAUGCUUCUCAAGAGACUCUUCCUCGACACACAAGAGGAUUACGCCAACAGUCUCCCACAUCAACAUUUCUCUGUCGCUCGUGUUAGUCAUGAGUUGGGACAAUCGAAACGAGGUUUCUUCAACACGGCAGUGUCCAUUCAAAAUGCUGGUUCGUCGGGACAUUCAGAUCUUGGUGGUCUCAAGUUCGAGUCGGUCGAUGCUUUUGAUCCAAGUGAAUACGCUGUUACGCUUAACGCAAAUACCACUCGCGAUGAUGAAGGAAUUGUGUUCCGAUACUGGACCAACAUUCUUUCCCAUGUGCAAGCAAAAGACCUCGGUAUCGUCAUGUCCGAGGUACUGAACGAUAUCAUCGAUCACGGCGACGAAGCUUUGUCGCAUCUGCGGGUGUCACAAACUUCUUUAAUGCCUGUCAAUACCUCUGGUGUAUUGGAUGGAUGGACUUUCCAGCACAGCCAUACGAGCCGACAGGUUGCUACACCCACCUCGACUAUGAGUAGCUACUCUACAGGACCUAGCGCCACACUUUUCUCGCCAUCUACAUCUUGGGGUUCGUUGCCCCGAGACAAGGAUCAACUCUAUAUGAAACUAUCAACGCUAUGGGAGCAUCACCUGGAUGUUGUAAAAACUGAUAUAACAUUCGAGAGGAGCUUUUUCGAGUGUGGUGGUGACUCUAUCAUUGCCAUGGCGAUGGUGGGCGAUGCUAGAGAUCAAGAUCUGCCGCUCUCUGUGGCUGACAUCUUCAAGAACCCGACGUUUGGCUCUAUGCUGAAUUGUCUCAGAGACAAGUCCUACAGAGACGCAGACAUGGUCUCUAGUGAUGGGAACACAUCCCUUUUAAGCUCAAAGAAGGAAGCCAUCGUUAUGGAUCAACAUGCUUAUGAACCACUCUCUCUUCUCUUCCAACAAAAUGCUGGACAAUUCGUCCGAGACAAUGUUUGUCCUGUCGUUGGAGUUUCCAGAGCUAGUAUCAUAGAUGUUCUACCGACAACCGACUUCCAAUCUCAAGCCAUCGAGGGCAGCCUUCUUGAAUCACGAUGGAUGCUGAAUUAUUUCUUCCUCGACGGUACAGGGUCGCUUGACAUUGGCCUCCUACAAGAGAGUAUCACCAAUGUCAUUGCCGCCUAUGACAUCUUGCGUACAGUCUUCGUGCCGUACCAGGCAACCUACUUGCAGGUCAUCCUUCGCCACGUUCAGUCCGAGCUCAUUCUCCAUGAUGUGGACGACAUUGAGCAGUUCACCUUGGAACUCGAAUCAGAUCACCUUCGCCAAACUCCCAGGCCUGAGAAGUCUUCUCUUUGCUUUAUUCUUGCCCGACACAAAUUCUCGGAACGACACAGGAUCUUUAUCAGACUCUCCCACGCCCUGUACGACGGCGUUUGCUUUCCUGCUAUUCUUAACGCUCUGAAGGCCUCUUAUGAAGGGGAGGCUAUUGUCACGACACCUUCGUAUGCGACUUAUCUCCAUGGCUUGUUUGGCAAGGCCAAUUCUGACCAAUACACUUAUUGGAGAUCCCUCCUCAGCAAUUCUGCUCCCACGAACCUCAUUCCACGACAAUGCGGCUCGAUGCGCACAAGUCCCACGAACCUAUUGAAACGGACUGUGGCCACACCCUCGCUCGCUGCUUUCAACAUCACAACCGCUACCGUUAUCAAGGCAGCCUGGUCUAUGGUUCUGGCCAAGAAUACGGGGACGACCGAUGUUGUCUUUGGUCAUCUCAUCAGUGGGCGCCAUUCACGCCAUGUUCCUGGUAUCGAAGCUAUUGUUGGCCCUUGCCUAAAUGUGGUUCCUGUACGUGUACAAUACCAAGACUCUUGGACCGUGCUGGAUCUUCUUCAACGCAUCCAGCAUCAGCAAGUAGACAACAUACCGUACGAAUCACUUGGCUUCAGAGAAAUCAUCAAAAGCUGCACAAACUGGGACGACAAUGGAGCUAACGGCUUUUCUACCAUUGUCCAGCAUCAGAGCAUGCCUCAAACUGGCAGUCUAGACAUCGGACAAAACACGUACAAGGUUGGCGUAGUAGCUUCCCAGGAAGACACGGCCGACUUUAGCGUUGUCACCACGCCACAGGGCUCAAGCAGCACCGAGGUCUGUUUCUUGUAUCGCCAGGAUGGAGUUGAAAGGACGAAGUUGGCUGAGCAAUUGUUCAAUUGUCUUUGCGCGUUAAUCACGGACUUUUCCACAAAUGUUGAAACACCACUAGAUGUUUAG